AUGCUAAAGGUCCCGGACAACAUUGCGAAGCCGCCUUACGCGGACACGGGCGUGAGCCCCCCCUGGAGCAGCGACAUAGAGGUGCACGACGCAGAGGGCAUCAAGAAGAUGCGUGCGAGCGGCAAGCUCGCCGCGGAGGUGCUGACGAUGGCAGGGACGAUGGUCAAGGCGGGCGUCACGACGGACGAGAUAGACCGCGCGGUGCACAAGAUGAUCGUCGACGCCGGCGCGUACCCGUCCCCGCUGAACUACGGCAACUUUCCCAAGUCUGUUUGCACCAGCAUCAACGAGUGCAUGUGCCACGGCAUCCCGGACUCGCGGCCGCUCCAGGACGGCGACAUCAUGAACAUCGACGUCACGGUCUACCUCGACGGCCACCACGGCGACUGCUCGCGCAUGUUCUACUGCGGCGCGGUGUCUGACGCCGCCAAGCGCCUCUGCGACGUCAACCGCCUGGCGCUCGAGGAAGCCAUCAAGGUGUGCGGCCCGGGCGUGCCGUUCCGCGAGAUCGGCGCGGCGAUCGAGAAGGUGGCGAAGAAGCACAAGCUCAGCAUCAACCGCGACUUCGUCGGGCACGGCGUCGGGAAGGUGUUUCACGCGUCGCCGGCGGUGUACCCGUGCCGGAACAUGGACCCCGCGAAGAUGCAGCUGAACCAGACGUUCACGAUCGAGCCGAUCUUCACGCUCGGGUCGGACCGGUACCGCAUGUGGGACGACAAGUGGACGGCGGUGACGCGGGAUGGGAGCUUGGCGGCGCAGCACGAGCACACGCUGCUGAUCACGGAGAACGGGGCGGAGAUCCUGACGCCCUGGCACGAGAUGUAG